AAGAUGGAGAUGGCCCUGCGUGUUGCUGAGACUCUCAAGUCUUUCAGGGAGACCCGUCUGAGUGCUCUCCGCCCACCCAGCGAAUUCUUCGAUGUCCACCGCAUCUCCCGCCCCGCCGACGUUAACCAGGCAGUCUCCCGGAUAUCAUACAACACCCGCUACUUCUCGGGCAACUACCUCGUUAUCUUCCUCGCCCUCUCCGUCUAUGCCCUUAUCACGAGCCCUUGGCUGCUCGGCGCGCUCGCCUUCCUCAUCGGCGGCUUCAUCCUCAUCAACAGGUUCGGCGCAGACCCGAUGCAGUUCGGCGAUGCCACCAUCACCCAGAAGUCGCUCUACACCGGCCUCUUCGUGAUCGGCAUCCCGCUCCUCUGGUUCGCGUCCCCCUUCAUGGUCAUCUUCUGGCUUAUCGGCGCCUCCGCCUUCCUCAUCCUCGGCCACGCGUGCGCGCUUGAGCCCGGCGUCGAGAGCGAGUACGCUGGACUCGGCGAGUCCGUCUAAGCGUGGGCCUUGUGGCUGGCCACUUGUCCUUGUGGACUGGGGAAGAGCCUGGAUUGAGGUUGAGCGCAAGCAGAGAUAAGGAGGGUGGUGGAGGGGUGUAGAGGGGCGGGCGUGGCUGCGCCAGCCCGGGGUGAGCAGAGUUGGCUGGUGGUGGCGAAAUGGCCACCGCGGGAGCAAUACCAAUGCUCGUUCGUCGUUCUUGGUCUCAGUAAAUCUUAACUGAACAUUUAUUUCAUAAGCUUGUGGUCUGAGUCUCUCGCUGAUAACGUACCUAUGCGUGUUGUAGACUUUCAUCCUUUAAUUAUCGCUGCGCACCUCGUGCGUUGUGUUUUUCCAAAGUUUCCUGUUACAUAUAUCUAGGGAGAGAGCUUUUGGAUUGUCUGACCUGCUUCGGACUGCGUUUCGGGGUCGCCGUUUGGGAUCUUCGGGGCAAUCUGGCGGAGCAUAUAACUACAAGUAUGUGCCGAGUUACGCUUUGCAUGGCUCGAUCGAGUGUCAAUGCCAGGCAUGCGGAAGAAAAAAUGCGCUCUUUCGCUUCGAAAC